AUGUGUUACUAUGGUGGAUACUGUGGUGGCCUAGGCUAUGGCUAUGGCUGUGGCUAUGGCUGUGGCUAUGGCUGUGGCUAUGGCUGUGGCUAUGGCUGUGGCUAUGGCUGUGGCUAUGGUGGCUAUGGUGGCUAUGGUUAUGGUUGCUGCCGCCCACUGGGCUGUAGAAGAUACUGGUCCUAUGGCUUCUACUGA